GGACGAGGCAGCCAAAGCCAUCAAAUACGUGCUGUACGCCAUCUCUAUCUUUCUGCUGGUCUACUACGUUCUGACGAUCUGUUGUAAAGAUGGCGUGCGGGAUAUGUUUCACCUGAUGCGACUUGCACACCGCCUUGGCCCUGGCCGGCGGCGCAGUCUGCAUGUGCCUCGCCGACCUGGACACGGUGCGCCAGGCUCGCCACAGCUGCGCCGCGCUCGGCUCGCUCAUGCAGUUCUUCUACCUGGCGGCUGCCGUGAUGCUGGCGUGCGAGGGAUACGCUAACUUCCGCUCCGUGAUCGAAGGCAGCGUCAACGGCAAAUACCGCGCCUACGUCGCCUUCACCUGGGGCAUCCCGUCGCUGGUGGUGGGCUACACACUGCUGACGCAACUGGAGCAGCUGGGCGACGACCCGCGCUGCGUGAUCGGCUGGCGGGCCCACCUGAAGGUGCGCACGCUGCUGGCGCCUCUGCUGCUGGCCAUGGGCGUGGCGCUGGUCGGCGCCAGCGUCGCCCGCUGCAACGCCCGCCACGCGCGCGCCCGCUCCGAGCUGCUGUUUGACCAGCUGUCGGUGUGCGCCGGCCACGGCUGGUUCACGCUGCUGCACACUGUCACCUGGGUGCUCGGCAUGGUCAGCUACGUCACGCUCGCCGGCGACGACUCGCAGGUGGCCGGCAUCGUCUACAGCCUGUUUCAGGCCCUGAGUGCGAUGCAGGGCGUGUUCUUCUUCCUGCUGAUGGGCUCCAUGUCCAACCGGUUCCACGCGGCGCUGCCCUGCACCAAACACCGGCACCGAGAAAGCGGUCAGAACAGCCAGCCUCCGGCCGCCGACGACGCUGAGGCAACGCUGACGCCAGCUGACUCGAGUCGGUCCGCGCCAGAGCGUCCCGACUCGGUCCGACUCGACUACUCGACUCUGCCUUCGCGGCCAGUCAGCAGCUGGUCCAGGCGGGCUGGGCCACUGCCACCGGACGACGCAGAGGAGACCAAGUGGCUCUCGUCGUGGCUCAGGAUCUCAGGCUGAGGACGGUGUUGUGCUCGAGUUUGGCAAACUCCGUUUAGCACCCCGCGUUGGGUUCGGGGAGGGGGGGGGGGCAAAUUGAGACUCACGAAGGUUUUCCAUAAUUCUUUCCGAAAGUGGCGGCAAAGAUUGUUGCAUGGCUGCAGAGUAUUGAAUAGCACAUUGUUUGAUGUAAAGAAUAGGCGUGGCUUGUAAGGUUGCUGAUCUACGGCAGGUCAUUAGUGGGCCAUGGCUGUCAGUGAAAGGCAUUUUUAGGGAAUCGACAAUGUGAUGUAACAACGGAAUAUUACACGAAGCCAUACAUGUUGGAGACAGUUUCUUAGGCAAUAGACCAGUUAAGUUUAGAAUUAAAGCCGAUGCUACUGACCUUGAGUCAAAAAUGUAGAUCAGACCAACGUCAAAACCAACCUGUUUUACUUCUUUAGGGCUUGAAAUAUGCGGCAGUUUCUGGUGCUCGUUUUUUAUUUCUUGAAAACAGGAAUCUCGCUUUACAUAUUUUAUGGUUCUCUUAAAUAUCAGAACAGGUCAAUGUCUUAAAAUGCCCGGGUCAACUUUUUCCUUAAGAACAUACUGCGUAACGUGAUCCCUGGGGUUUAUCCAAAAGCAAAAUCAAAACAGUCUUACAAGAUUUUGGUCACCGCGACCCUCGUAAGAUCAAACAAGAUGCUGAGCUUAAAUGUGCACCACUGGUCUCUUGCUUAGAGCAAGUAUCUAGGUUCAGAGGUCUGGGGCGCUUUGGACACCAAUCUUGGGCUUAUUCUUGUUUGACCUUAUUUGACGUGAAAGUCAAGACAUUGGAGACUCAAAUUUAGACACAAGUCAGUUAACGAACAGACCAACACACCCAGUGAAUUUGGUGUUCUUAGCCUUUCUAGUUUCUGAAAUAGUAGAGAAUCAAAUUGACCCCCACCCGAACGAAGAUUAUGCAGCCAGCCACCCGGGCGCGUGUUAUAGCAACAAAUGCUACUUUGCUCGCUUAGCUAGGCCGGGUAAGAAGAGCAGAUGCAUUGUCUUCACAACGCCGGACUACAAUGCCGUCAGGAGGUUUUUGAGGUGUUACACACACAUGACGUAUCAAUCAAUCAUCAAUCGCGAUUUUAGAGAAUGUGAUGAGCAACUUUAUUGCUCUACUGUUGUUGGCCAGAGCUACAAUUUUCACAAUUUACCACCUACAGAGUUGAGCAGAAUAUUUGUCUCUGAUCAUUUGCUGGGUUUUGUACCCCAUUAAUUGCUGUUUUGGGCAAGCGUGAGAGUAAGCAAAGCAGUGACGAACAAAAAACAUCACGCCCUUAUAUACUUUGCUAGUCUGCACUCACGGAUAUAUAAGUCUUGCAAACAAAUCUCAAACAUUGGUCGGUGAGCAUUUGGGAGUUUUCUUCCGGCUGUGCUAUCAACUUGCCUCAUGUUAUCUGCGCCUAAGCUGCCAGUGUUUCUGUUUGUUUUCUACUCGCUCUUAUCUGUUUUAAGGUUUACUGAGGCUCACUGCACUAUUGUCGGAUGAGGACGUCCAUUGUCCUGCCUCCGGUCGCUAGUUUGAGCAUGAGCGUUAGUGGUAGCUUGGUCGUUGCACACCCGUUAACUUGCAAACCAUGUCUCUGCGAUUAUGUGUGAUUCACUGGCACUGCACAAUACAUGUUC